UGCGCGGGCUGGGGCGGCCCGUUUCGGGGUUUGGGCGGCCCGUUUCGGGGUUUGGGCUUCGGCGGUGAGUCCGGCGCGGCGCCGCUCCGACCCCGCUGAACCGCGGAGCCCGGGAGAUGUAGCCUCGCCCCAGGCAGGCCGGGCGGAGUGGUGGGUGGACUUCUUCCGCUUGCCCGCGCGGCGCCCACCCAGCUCCCCUGCUUUAUUAUGGAUUGACCCGCGCGCGCGGGUCCUCAAGUCAACGCAGAGCGUCGGCGUCCCCGGGAGGCCCCCGUCCCGGCCAGCCUCGUAGCUGACGCCGCUGAAGGGCCGGGGCUGGGUCCGGACCCCCCGGGCCCGCCGCCCUCCCCUGCCGGCUCUCCUCUCCGCAGCCCUCUGCCCUCGCCUCGGAGGGACCGGGAGCCGGCAUGGCGGGCAGCUCCCCGGCCGCCGGGCCCCAGGGCCUGCUGACCUUUGGGGACGUGGCUGUGCACUUCACCCAGGAAGAAGGGGCACGUCUGGACCCGGGGCAGAGGGCCCUGUAUAGAGACGUGAUGGUGGAGACAUACAGGAACCUGGCCUCCCUGGGUGAGGGGUCUCAGCCCCACGCCUUCCCUCCUCCCCACCCCCAGCCCCCACUCAGAGCCCAGGUGGGAUCCCAGAGGGGCCAGGCUGGCUGUGACUCCAGGACCAGAGCCAGGACCUUCUGCUCCCAGGCCCAGGGGACAGGAGUUCCAGGAUCCAAACCAGAUCUGAUCUCCCAGCUGGAGCAAGGAAAGGAGCCCUGGGGCUCGGACCUGCUGGGGGCCCAGGAAGGAGAGACCGCGGGAGACCCCAGCACAGGCCCUGCUCGACACUGGCAGCCUCUGGGUCACUCAGCGACAGAUUCCAGCUGGGGGUCUUUGCGUAAGCAGGUGACUGCGAGGGCGAAAAUGACUCAAGCCUCAGAGCCUCCAGAAGCAUCUGGAAGCUUCUCAGGGGGUGGGCCUCCAACACUGGUCUGCAGAGAAGCCGCCAGGCACGAGGGCAGGCUAGGGAGCCUUGGGAACUUCCUUUUCCAGGAGAGACAACCACACAGAACCUACUGGACCAUCUCCAAAGCAGAAGGUGCCCAGAAAGGAGGUAAGUGGGGACCCGAACUUUUCCGCAGCCUGCGCCCCGGGACCCGUGAGAGAAACACGAAACGGCAGCGAGCCCACACGUGCGAAACAUGCGCCAAGAGCUUCCGGUACCUCUCGCGCCUGGUGAGACACCGGGCCACGCACAGCGGCGAGAAGCCGCACGCGUGCGGGGAGUGCGGCCGCGCGUUCAGCCAGCGCUCGCACCUGGCGCAGCACCGCAGCGCGCACGCGGGCCAGAAGCCACACACCUGCGGACAGUGCGGCCGCGCGUUCACGCGGCUCUCCACGCUGCACCGCCACCAGCGCGUCCACAGCGGCGAGAAGCCCUUCGGGUGCCAGUGGUGCGGGAAGCCCUUCAGUUACAGCACCCUCCUCGCCCAGCACCAGCGGAUCCACACCCGAGAGAGGCCGUUCCGGUGCGCGAGGUGCGGGAAGAGCUUCAUCUGGAAGUCCAGCUUUCGGAACCACCAGAAAUCACACCUGUGCAGCGAGGCAGCGUGGACAUGUGUAAGCUAAGCUCUGGAAGCAGCCGCUGGAGGGGAGAGCUUGGGACUCGCUGCUACUCCAAGGAGCGCCUCGGAAGGAUGUCCCCGGGCAUGUGGAGCAGUGCCAGAGCGAGACCAGCACGAGGGACCGGAUUGUUUCUCCACCCGCGAUCAACUUGUGCAUUUCGGGUCCUUCCCACGACCGGGGGCUGGCCCAGGCCUGCCCGCCCCGGCGGGCACCACCCGGUAGCCUGCUGGAUUCCGCGUGGCUGUGGCACUUCUUGGACAAAUUGAUGGUUUGAAAGUCACUAUUUUCAAGUGCAUCCAGAUUUUAUUUUUAAAACUUAAAACGUAGGUCUUUGUCUCUAUUUGCAUCAUAGGUGGGUUCUAAACGCCUUUGAAAUCCAGAUGGGCUACAGAGCUUUUGGAUAAUCAAUCUUUCAUCACACAGCAGCCCUGGGCACCUGGCGAAGGGCAUGGGUAGGUCACAUAACUCUAGUCAUCAUUUGGUUCUGGCUUGUUAUUUUCGGAUGCUGAUUUGUUGCAGGAGGAUGUGAUCCACCUAGGGCAGCUCAGCCCUUGCGCUGUUGGCACUGUAGCUUUCCUCACUCAGCUUCACUUUCCUGUAUGCUCACUCUUUGCUUGUGUCAGGCCAUAUGAAACACUGAGUGUGCAUGUCAUUUGAACUGUUCUUUUUUUCCAGCCAGUUCUUCCAUACAGAAUAGGUUUGCAUAGUAUGAAUG